AUGUCAAUGGCAAAAGUAAGUACCUACAGAGCUCCUGAUGCAAUCACCGACCAAAGGACUGCUCACUUGGAGAGAGAAGGGCAGGACUCUCUUGACAAUUUUAUCAUUCAAGCAAUAGGAAAAGAACCAUACCUUUCUUUUUCACGCCCGGGAGAUAGCUCCAUUCAAUGGAUACAGUUGCUUCAUGCUUUAGAACAGCAAGGAAGUGUCAAGAAGGGCUCAAGGAUUGAUCACUUGAUAGAAGAGAAUGACAGCCAACAACAUUCUUAUAGCCCUAAUUCAUCCACAUCCGGAAGGCAUGUGAUCAAGGAAUCUGGAAAUGCUCAAAAGGGUAGUGGAGCCCCUGCAAGGGUGACAAAGAAUUCUUUGGAGCACGUACAAACUCUCAAGAUCCCUGAAGCUGUCAUCGCCUUUGCCCAGGCAGCUGCAAAGGCAAAUGGUGAGCGUGAAAAAUGUAUGUCAAGUAUGAAAAGCAGGUAUUUUAGGUUGUAGCUGGUAAUAGGCAUCAUGUCAAAUUUUUUCAACUGAUGUUAGUCAGUGGGGAAUCAUGCCUUUCUUGUUGCAGAUCUUCCUGGUUGGCCUUUGCUGUCGUCAACCUCAAAGGUGCAGUUGCAAAAGUGUGAGAAGUGUUCGAGGGAAUUUUGCUCUCAGAUCAACUAUAGACGUCAUAUUCGUGUGCAUCGCCGAUCACUAAAUGCUGACAAGGUCUUCUGUUUCUUACUUUUCUAAUACAUUACUGCCUAUUUAUUCUACAUCAUAGAGAAGAAAAUAAGGGCGUACUUUCUUUUUGUUUAGGAAUACUGUCACCAAUUCAAUAUUUUACAAUAUAUGAUUUGGAAUGACAAAGCAAAGGAGGCAUCAGUAUACCUAUCAAUCUAUGAAUUCACAUAUGAUUUAAUGUUUUCCCCGCUAAUCAUGGGGUGCUGUCAUGUAACAUUAUAAUGAUCAUUAUGUCCAUAUUUUUAUGCCUUUGUUCGAUUGAUAUUUUAUAGGUUUCUCCGAAGAACAGGGAGCUUUUGGCUGCAUUUUGGGAUAAGGUAUUUUCUUUCACAUCUUUCCCUUGUAAGAAUAACAUAUUCCUACCUGUCAGCUGACAUUUAAGUCAGACACUUGGGAUGAAGAUCGGAUAUUGGACAUUAUUGUGGCAGGUGGCAGGAAAUCUUAGAUUUAUUUUUCCAGUCUUAUGGUUGAUUUUAAUCUAUUUUUUCUCACUUUUUUUCAUUCAGCUGUCAUUGAAUGAGGCGAAAGAACUUGUAUCAUUUGAGGAUGUGACAUUUGAGGUGAUACUCUGAGCUUGUCAUGCCUUUAUUGUAAAUGACAUAUCUUACAAUGGAUGCGUCAUAUUACUUAUCUUUUUGAGUCUUUUGAUAUUCUCUUUACACAUAUUUGAUGCUGCAGCCGUUAAUACCUUUUUGUCGACUUUCUGACUCGUGAUUAGCAUGACUGAAGUUGAAAAUGGAAAAUAGGGUACAAAGGAUGAGUUCCACUAUAUAGAGACGUACUAUAAGGAUACCCCAGCUUUCAAAAUUUUAUCUCGAUAGGUAUCACGAACAAAACCUUUGAGAGUUGGAUACAGAACUCUGUUUGAUAGACAUCUGAUAAAACAAAACUCCUUUCGUCUGUAGUGGUUUAUAAAACAAAAUAGGGUAGUUGGCCUUUGAAAUAUUUUUUUUGCCAUGUUCUGCCAUGUUAGUCUGUGUUGAUGGUUGAUGUCGAGGCUCCUACUCCCUGUGAUGGAUUAUAAUUUUGAGAUGGAUCUGUUAAAGACAAAAAUCAUGACUGAGUGGCCACCUUUUAAUUUUACAGUUUUGUGAUUAAGGUUAUCCUUCUGUAAUCAUUAUUUGCUACUAAAUCUGACCAUGAAGAGCUUUACUGGGCUUCCCUUGGAUCAAUGUCGUGGACAUACUGAAGGGAUACAUGCCUCUUUUGUUUCUGUUUGCGUUAUAUAGUUGCAUUCUUACAUGGACUCCUGACAUUUCUCAUUUUUAAAAGUCUGUAGUACUUAUUUAGUGGUCUGACUUUGGCAAAGCCAGUUUGACCUAAUCAGGGGUGCUUUCAGAAUAUCAGUGAGGACUGAUGCCCGGAGACAAUCCAUGAUGGUCUCAUGUGGAUAUUCUUCAGAUCUGUAUAUUAUUAUUUAUUUGAUGAGAUAUGUUUCUGUGUCGUGUGCCCUUCAGGAAAUUUCUGGCUCCUCCGUUAUGAUGGCUUUAGGAUCAUUGAUGAGGAAGCCCGGAUUUUCUUCAUUACCACAGUCCUAUAUGAAAGCUGGUGCCACUCUCUUCGUAAGUUUGGCGUCAAAUCUGAAUAUAUCCAUCCAAGUGUUUCGUGUGGAGCAUUUUUUUCCUAAAAUAUUUAUUGGUGUUCUUAGGAUGUUGUGGAAGGCAGGCCUUCCAUGUUUCCCAUUUCCUCUCAAGAGUUGUUCAGUGUGCUUGAUGAUGCAAGCGAGAAAACCUUCAUGUGCGCUGGCACAGCUAUUUCCUUGCAAAAGUUUGUGUUUGAUGGAGAAGUGGGUAAAAUUGCCACGGAGAUGAGGAAUCUUGUUGCCUGCACUAGCUUCUUGCUGGAACAAAAACUGGUAUGAUCCAAAUCGUAUGUUUGUUCUAUUUCUGACUUUGCAGUUUCCGACAUAUACACGGUCGUUUUGAGCAUGUGACUCCUUCAGGUCAAAGCAUGGCUUGCUGACAAAGAUGCUGAGGCCUUGAGGUGCCAGAAACUACUCUUUGAGGAAGAAGAGGCCGCUCAGAAAAGGUGAUCAGAUUUAAACUUUCUUAGAAAACCCCUGUGAACAAAGUAUCCCUCGCUCUUUGUAUAUGCCAUCCCCAAAGUCCGAAAAAAUGUGUUUUUCUAAAUCCAGUAAUUUCUCCAAGUCAUUUUUAAUCCCAUUCGAUCCAACUGCACUUCAUUUCAAACUCUUGUUGCUUCAUUCAAACGAAUCAAUCCUAAAAACGUUUUCAUUUAAAUUUUAGAAUCGAUCAAAGAUAUGCUGCUAUGAUGACUGAACCUAUCUUUCCCAUUACAAUUUUUUGUCUGAAGUUUGCUGUAGUGUCUAUUCAAACCAACCAAUUAUCAGAUCGCUCUCAUUUCACAUUCAAAAUAGAUUGUAGAUACACUGCAAUGGCUGCUGAACCUCAGUUAAAUUCGGCAAGGAAAUUUGUGUUUCUACUCUAAAGAGAUAAAUAAUCCUAAUUUCUCCCUUCGAUCAAUUUUUUGGGCCUUCUUGUAAUCCUUCAGCCCCUUGAUAAUCAGCGUCAAGACAGCUGAUUAUCUUAAUCAAUUUAACGGGGAAUUUUCACUGGUCUUUCUUGGGGUGAAUCCCGUGGAGAAGCUUUCACUUCAUCACUUGAUUGGUGCCUUUCGUCAUCAUCUAUCAGUCAGUAAGUUAGUCGGUGUUUCAUUUCACAGACAAGCUGAACUUUUGGAACGAAAACGGAUGAAGAAGUUGCGGCAGAAAGAACAUAAAAUGAAGGAAAACGUGGUCGUGGAUGAACCCAGCUCCGAGGGUUCACGUGAUGCAGCCGAAGAUGCCUCCUGUCCAAUGGAAGCAUCAUGCCCAGAUAUGGCCGCCGAUGACUUCUCUCUCCGUCCCAACCAUUCUGCUCCGGAGGACAGCCCCCAGUCGCCAUUCAUGGUUAGUGAUGAAAUGCACGGCGCAGAAGAUGGGGAUGCCGAUCGGUAUCUCGACCAGGAAGUGCAGCAGGAAAGUGCACUGAGGCAGCCCACUCCUCCAUGCCAGUUGGCCCUGAAGUCAACGAGGAAUGUUUUCAGUCCCCUCCAAAGACCAGGGGCCAUGCACAGGCCCAAUGGCCACAAGGAUCCGAAAACAGCUUCUUCGUUCACCGGCCAGAAAAUCUGGACGAGAAAAAGCAAACCCCAGUGCGAGGACGAGGGGGCAGCCUGUAAAGAGAGAGACAAAGAAACGAGGGACGGCUCGGCUGCGAUCGGAGGCUGUAAAGUUCUCAUUGGUUCCAUCAGCGUCACUCUUAAAGACGGUAAAGGUCUUCACGAGAAUGCUCCCGUGAGCCAGAAGCUUUUCCGAGAGCAGAAUCCGGGCUCAGUCGAUUCUACCAGUGCGGACCGGCGAGAGGAUGAGUCUCCUGAAACCACUACUGAUGACUCUCCUGACGGAGUUUCUCUUUCAGCGCCCGAAGUUGAGCAGCCAUCGGCGCCCAGGUUAUUCUCGAGCAAGGUUGCAGUGGCUUUUCUUUCACAGAGUAAGAGCGAACCUCCUAGAUAACAAAAAAAAUUAGUCGCCGUAGAUUCUGUCUCAGAUGUUGCUAUCUGUGUCUAACAGAAGUUCAAAUGUUGCAGGGUGGAAGGAGGCCUUGUCGUCCGACCACGUGAAGCUUGUGGCGCCUAUCGAGGCUGAGGCUAUGCCAAUGGGCGAUGCCGAUCUCCACGACGAAUCAUGCACCGAGGUGCCCGACAUCGACGUCUGCGAGGAAUCGCGCACUGGGACCAGCUCGCAACCACCGCCGACUGACGCUUCUAGCCACCGGAGUCAAGUCGAAGAUGUGGAUGUCGAGAUUGCGGCAGCCGACUCGGCGUCAGCUGUCGGCUACAGGCCCAAGUUUAGAGCGAAGCCCGAGAGGAGCUACAGAUUGAAGUACAUACCCAAGCAGAGCUUGACAGGAUAA